UGAUGUUGUUAAAGCAAACAACUUGAACUGUAGUUUUGUGUUCAUUACACCUGUAAAAGAUCUAGUAGAGUUUGAGAACCAUCAUGAUUUAAAAUUAGCACCAAAGCUAACUAACGCCCCUAUUUCUCCAUCACAUUUUGAGAAAAUGAAAGUAUCACAUGCACUGCAUCUGUUUAGUAAGUCAGUGAGCUCUGGACUUCAAUACCUUGUGAAAGAAGAAGGCCGAGGAAACGAAUAUCUUUCUACUGCUUGGUUUCUGGAUGUGUUUAACCGGUGGUUUGAUUUCAUGACAAGCAGGUACCCUGCAGUUGCACUAAGCAGAUUGAAUUGUGAUAAAUAUGAAGAAGCUCUAAUAUUUCUUAUGUCUAUUAUCAACUUAGUACAGAGCAUGAAAAUUGGACAUAAAAAUGACUGGAAACCCGUGCAAGCAGGGAUUAUAAUGUCUACAAACAGUGUUCUUGGUAUCCAAGAGGAGUUGCUUUCAAUGGGAUACAAGUUCCUUUUGACAAGUCGUCUUACUCAAGAUUGCCUUGAAAAUCUUUUUAGUUUGGUCAGGCUAAAAAAUCCUAUUCCUUCACCACUGGCAUUUAAAUACGCAUUAAAAGUCAUUUGCAUUGCACAGUUCCUGAAACAACCUCAUGCAUAUCAAGGAAACUGCCAAGAAGAUGAUAGAGACAUAGCAAUUGACUUUCUUGACCAGCCAUUGAAGCUACCAAGCACUGAACUGGAUCUGAAAGAUUUAGAAGUGGAAAUAUCAGAAGCAAAUUGCAUAGAUGACAUUCAGAAGGCUGAGUUGAACAGCUUAUAUUACCUUGUAGGAUACUGCCUACACAGCAUAAAGAAAAAUGAAGAAAUCUGCACAGGUUGUUUAGUGGAAGUGACCAGCUGUGAUCUAAGUGAUCAAGACUCAGUAACGUUCACUAUUCUAAAAGAGUAUAAGCAAGGAUGCCUUACUCAGGUAUCAGAGAAAGCAUUCUCUAUGAUGCUCAAAGUAGAAGUCAUGCUAAGGAACUUCGAUGAAUCAGUGUUGAUGACAUCAAAAAUGUGAAAAGAUUAUUGUUGGACAAGGCUGAAGAAAUAACAGUACAUGAUUUGUUCCUCAAUUGUCAUAAUAUCAAGCAGAAGCUACUAUCAAAGUACUUGACUGUUCGCUUACACAUUCUAUGCAAGCAGAUGAAACGUAAAAGAAAACAGGAGUUAGAGAAAGAAAAGAAUCAGAGUCAAGGUGAACUAGGAAGCAAGAGCAUGACAAUGAGAAAAUUAGUCAAAAAAUUGAAAUGAAAAUGAAUUUAUAACCGUGUUCUGUACACUUUUGUAACUUGAGCUUCUGAUGAUGAGCCAUCGUUUUAUUUAUACCAUUCAUUGCAGAAAGAAACGUGUACAGAACACGGUUAUAAAUGUUGGAAUUCCGAGGCCAAAGCGCGAGGUUUUCCUUGGAGAGCGUCAGAACUGUUCAGAUCGGUUGUUUGAACAAUACAACGUCUCUCCUGCAGUGCAAACAUUGACAGAAACAACUGAAAUCUUGCAAACGGUUCAUAUGGAAUCUCUGUAUUUCGGUAGAGCUCUCACCCGAAACCACGAUGAUCAGGAAACGACACAAAUCGAGCUUCUGAAGAAGUAAAUCAUAGUCCAAUAGUUGCAACGAGUAGCAACAUAAAACUCACUUUAAUGUAGAAAUAGUAGUAGCUUAGUAUGAUUUUAGACAGAUUUUUUACGUAGCGCGCAUGGAAACAAAA